AUGCAUACAUCAAUUAUAUUUCAAGCAGCAAGACAAACGAACCCUAAUCCUCAAUUGUGGACGACUGGUAGUCCAUCACCGGAAGUCCUCAUACCCUAUUUCUUGCUGCUGUCACCUGCCAGUCAUGUCUUUGAGGGAAGUUUGGUUCGCGAAACGGGCUUCUUGAAACGACCAUGGCUGACAUUGAGCAAGAUUCAAAACAGAUUUGCAGUGAAUGAUGUAGACGACGAUCCAGAUUUCAGUGACUCUGACCACGAUGUGUAUGAUGAAGAUGAUAUGUUGUUUGAUUGUAACGUGACUGAAAGGAUUGAAAUUGGUAUGCAUAACAUACUGGCUAAUAAGGUAGCCCCAGAAUAUGAUAGCUCAUCAAAUGCAUCUUCUGAAGAGCUGAAAAUUGGUAGUGGUUCAGACUCCGAUGAAAAUAUUGGUAAACUCAAUUUCCCUGAAUUUUUGGGAGCAACUGAAAAAAAAAAAUCCCGAACUGGAGAUAGGUUUUAUUGUUUGGGUCUUUUGAGGAAUCGAAAUCUGCUGUUAGAAAUCAUGCGGUCUUCAAUAGGGUUGAACCAAUUUUCAAGCGAAAUGAGAAGGAUAGAUUCCAUUGUGUUUGUACAUAUGAAAAAGUAUGUAACGUAUAAAUGGCUUGCUGAUUAUUACUUAGAGGAUUUUAGAGCUGAUCCUGAAUGGAAGACGAAACACAUUAGAGGUAGAGGGAGAAAGGAUUUAGGAGUUCAUAUUAUGAAGACAGUUGCAUGGAAUGCUAGAAAAUAUGCCAAAGUUCUAGUAGAAGGGAAUGAUGCUAGACAAUUUGCAUUGCUAGGUUGUUAUGUUGAGGAAUUGAGGAGUAACAAAUCCUGGAACUACUGUCGUCAUUUCGCUUAA